UAUCAUGACUCUUUGUUUUCUGCAUAUGUUUUCAUUGGCUAAAUCAAGACAUGAAACAAGGAUCAAACGACAAUUGCCUUUAGGAGAAAGCUUAAAAUUGGCUUGAUUUUAAAGCAAUGGCCAUAAGACAUGCAUUGUGCGGUAAUUAAACUUUUCUAAGUCCUUUCUCGAGAAAAAGAGGGGGUCGAACUGAAAAAAAAGCUAGGGUUCUCUCAAGUCAUGUUAAGGACACGAUUACAACCUACUCAGAUCCUUCGAUCCCAGCGUUCAAGUACGUUAGUUGCUCACUACAGUACAGCUCAACGUCCAUCGCCUGUUGAUUUCAGUGCGAUUGAAACCAAAUGGCAACAACGAUGGCAACAAACCACACGUUCUACUGAUCCCAAUAAACCCAACUUCUAUACGCUCUCCAUGUUUCCUUAUCCAAGCGGUAUGCUUCACAUGGGUCAUGUACGUGUCUAUGCUAUUAGCGAUACUAUUCAACGUUUUCGACGUAUGAGUGGUUACAACGUAUUACAUCCCAUGGGUUGGGAUGCUUUUGGCUUGCCUGCUGAAAAUGCAGCCAUUGAGCGCAGUAUUCAUCCAGCAGCAUGGACAACCAAAAACAUUGCUGCCAUGAAGGAACAAAUGUCAAAAUUAUGUAUUGAUUUUGAUUGGUCCAAAGAAGUAACUACAUGUGAUCCCGACUAUUAUCGCUGGACACAGUACAUCUUUUUGGAAUUGCAUCGUGCUGGAUUAGCGUAUCAAAAAGAAGCUGUUGUCAAUUGGGACCCAGUAGAUCAAACAGUCUUGGCGAAUGAACAAGUAGAUCCUGAAGGAAAAUCAUGGCGAUCAGGUGCUGUUGUCGAAAGAAAGAAACUUAGGCAAUGGUUCUUUAAAGUGACAGCAUUUGCCGAUGAUCUCUUGAAAGACAUUGACAGAUUAGAACAUUGGCCUGAACGAGUCAAGCAAAUGCAGCGUAACUGGAUUGGAAAAUCAACAGGCGCAGAAUUAGAAUUUAAGCUUACUUCAGAUGUAGCCAAGGAACCUAUUAAAGUGUUUACAAGUAGACCAGAUACUAUUUAUGGUGUUCAAUAUUUAGUAUUGGCUCCUGAACAUCCGUUGAUCAACAAAGCGUGUUUACCUUUAAAUCAAGCAGAUCAAGUAUUGCAAUUCGUUCAAGACUUGAAAAAGAAACAAAAUAUGGAUGAGGCAGAAGAAAGCAAGAAAGGUGUCUUUACUGGUCUUUAUGCUAAAAACCCUUUUACACAAGAAGAUAUUCCUGUUUAUGUAGCACCUUAUGUUCUUUCAGACUAUGGCACUGGUGCUGUCAUGGGUGUACCUGCUCAUGAUAAACGCGAUUUUGAGUUCUGCAAAGUCAAUCAAGUGGUCGACAAAGUGAGAUUUGUCGUUGAACCUGCUCUUCAAGCAUUAGACCAACCUUUUGAUACCAGUGCACCUUUUGUCUCUCAUGGUGUCUUGACAGCUUCUUCAGGUCCUUACCAAGGAUUGAAAUCAAAAGCAGCUAUCAAGGCCAUUAUUAAAGAUGCAGAAAAGAUGGAUGUAGGUCGUGCUGCAACACAGUUUCGAUUAAGGGAUUGGUUAUUAUCAAGACAGAGGUAUUGGGGAGCACCUAUUCCUAUCAUUCAUUGCCCUACGUGUGAUGUUGUACCUGUGCCUAAAGAAGAUUUGCCAGUUUACCUACCAUUGGAUGUUGAAUUCUCUGGUAAAGGACAGUCCCCUCUUGCUCGACAUGAAGCAUGGGUCAAUUGUAAAUGCCCCAAGUGUCAAGGGCCUGCUAAAAGAGAGACAGAUACCAUGGACACCUUUGUUGAUUCUUCUUGGUAUUUCAUGAGAUACACUGACCCUAAAAAUACGCGUCUACCAUUUGAUGCAGCCAAGGCUUCUGCCAUGUUGCCUGUCGAUAUUUACAUUGGUGGUGUUGAACAUGCUAUUCUUCAUUUACUUUAUUCUCGUUUUAUUUCUAAGGCCUUAUUGAAACAAGGCGCUUAUCAUGAAACACCAGAGACAAAACCAGGCCAUGGUGAACCUUUCCAUGUCUUGCUUACACAGGGUAUGGUGCAUGGUCGUACUUUUAAAGACCCCAAGACACAACGCUUCUUAAAACCUGAAGAAGUGGAUGCUUCAGAUUAUGCUGAUCCCAAAAUUAUUGCUACUGGCGAAACACCUUUGAUCUCAUUUGAAAAAAUGUCCAAGAGUAAAUAUAAUGGUGUUGACCCUGUCUCGAUUGUCAAUGCAUGUGGUGUGGAUCCUACUCGUCUUCAUAUCCUUUACAAAGCACCACCUUCUGAAGUGCUUGAAUGGGAAGACGCAAGUAUUGUAGGUAUGCAACGUUGGCUUGCCAAGGUGCUUAAAUUAUCUCAAACCAUGCCUCGUCUUGCCUCUGAUGUGCCUUCGCUGGACCACAUGUCUCCUGCAGAAAGAGACAUGUAUCGUAUGACCCACCUCACCAUUAAGCAAGUCACCGAAAGUCUAUCGACUACGUAUUCCUUCAAUACAGCUAUUUCAGACUUGAUCAAAUUAUCCAACUACAUUGCAUCACAAACAUUGACAUCGCCUGUCUAUCAACAUGCUGUGCAAUCCUUGGUGAAAAUGAUGGCUCCCAUCACACCUUCUACUAGUGAAGAAUGUUGGGAACUUGUAGGCAAUACAGACAGCGUGUUUGACCAAGCAUGGCCUACAUGGAACCCUCAAGCCUUGGAAAAAGAUCAAUUAGAUUGUGUUGUUCAGGUCAAUGGUAAGACAAGACUCACCAUCACUUUGCCUAAAGCAUUGGCUGGUAAUGCAUCUGAAAUUGAACGAUGUGUUCGACAAUCAGAAGCAGGACAGAAAUGGCUUGCGGAUAAGCCUGUUCAAAAACUCAUUGUAGCCAAGAAGGGCGAGCUUGUGAACUUUGUAAUUUAGUGUAAAUUGUUUUUUUUUUAUUAUUAAAUG